AUGAGGGCCAUGCGGCGGCACAGCGUGCGCGUUCAGGUCCUCGUUCGAGCCGCGCUGGAUGCGGACUAUUCGGCGCAUUCUGCGUUUGACAGGAACGAGCUGAGGCUCAUCACGGCCGUGGUCAACACCACAGAGCAGUUCAACAUCGAGUUCGACCAGUUUGCUCGCACCUUCCUCUUCGAAUCUGAGGUGACAGCUGCGGUUCCGGUCGAGGUGGGCACUCCUGUCAGCCCAGUCUUUCCUUCGGAGGAGACAUGUGACGAUGACGAGAAUGGCAUUCAAGAGUUUGAAGUGUUUGACAUUCCCGAUCCUAAGGCAUUCCCUGACUUGGGCAGCAUCAUCCUCAUAGACUGGGUCAUUGAGCGUCCCAAGAAGGGCAUUAUGAAGUGGAUCGAGACUGUCUACCAGCGCUCCCGUGGACUUGAUUUGGGCUCUCUCGGUCAUGGCAUUCUUCCUAGUGUUUUCCGGGAGCAGUCAGCGAAGUGGGAGAUGAUCUCAAAGCAAUACCUCAGCAAGAUCAUCCUACUCGUCCAUCGAUUCAUCAUGGUGGCGCUGGAGGUCGUUUGUCGAGAUGCGCAUGUCCUCCAGGAUAUCACAUCCGCCAUCAUAAGCGACCUCUGCAUCAAGUACGAGGGUGGCAUGGACCAAGCAACCUUCCUGGUCGACGUUGAGAGGCAGCUUAAGCCGAGCUUCGACAAUCUCAUCAUCAAUCUAAGGGACGUUGCGGAGGCCGUCAGGAACAAGAGUAACGCAGCACACGCCAAGGAGACCAUCCACGACACCCUCGAGGCCUACUACAAGGUGGCCUACAAGCGGUUCGUUGACAAUAUCUUCAGCCAGGUUGUUGAUCACAAGCUUCUUUCCGGUCCGGAGAGCCCCCUUCGCUUGUUCUCGGAGCAAUGGGUGCUCGGCCUGAAAACCGAAAAGCUUCGGCCCUGGCGGGGGAGUCCCGUCGCACGAGGGAGUGAAGAAGGAGAUUCAGGACUUGGAGGUUGCGAUGCAGAUUCUGCUUUGACGGCAUGUCGCGGGCGUCCUACGACAGGGGCCUUUGGCUAUGAAGGAAGCCCUCGCAGUCACGACCUCAUUGAUGCGCAGCCUGUGCGGUGCCUUGUCCUCCAUCGCGACGGCGGGGAUGUUUCGACCGUCAGAGUCCUGCGCAGAGAUGGGGUCGUCGGUCAGCCCAAGAUUCGCUCUCGAAGGUCACGGUACAGAGAGCGGUUCGUCGCCACCUUGCCCGCAGCUAGCCGGUGCACUAUGUGGAAGGCCUACGAAGACGAGGACUUCGAUGGGACAGCCGGGGCAGCCUCUCGCAAGCAGGCAAGCGCGACCGUUGACCUGGCCAAUAUGAUCGCGUCUGCCGUCAGGAUACCGCGCCGUCUGAAGCCUAUCGUGGAGAUUGCCGGCUUUGGCAGGCAGUCACCAUACUUGGCGGCGCCAAAUCGUGCGCAGAGGUCCGAUUCAAUCAUGGCGGACCCAUUGAGUAUCGCGUCGGGCGUGAUUGGUGUUAUCGUCGCCACAGCUCAAUCAACAAAGGCGCUGUACGAGACGGUGCAAAGCUUCCGUGACCAGCCCCGUGCCGUACGACAGUUGCAGGACGAACUGAAGAGCCUCGAUGGCGUCCUCGGGUCACUCCAUGACGCGGUCAAGGAAGAGGCAACGUUCCUUCUGUCGCUUCAGCUCCCGCUGCGUCAGUGCGGCGAGGCAUGUGGCGAGUUUAGGGCGCUAGUCGUCAGGUGCACAACCCACUCCGAUGGCGCCAGGCCUAGCGUCCGAGACUGGGUGCGCCUCAGAUACAUGGACACCGACAUCCGGGGCUUCACCGAAAUGCUGGCUGGCUAUAAGUCUACGAUAUCCGUGGCGCUCGCCGAUGCCAACCUACGAUCGAGCAAGAUCACACGGGCCGCCCUCGACGACGGCCGGCCCCUUACGGUGGAAGACAGACAGUGGUUCGAGAGGGAACGACAGAGCACGGAACAUUGCCUCGACAUCUGCGCUCACGGCCUCGCCCGGCUUGAUGAGCUGAGACUUGGGACCGACGGCACUGAGGGCCCCGCGUCGGCCCAGCACUAUACACUGGCGGAAAUCACGACCAUGUUCGCCCUGAGAAAAUGCAGAGACGACCGGGGCGCUACGCCCCUGUAG